UGUGUGUGUGUCUGUGUGUUUGUGAGGCAGAGAGUUGCGUGCGAAGGGCUCGACAUGUCAUUCAGAGGAAUCCGCCACCUGAAACGCGAGGAAGUGAAGGCGACUCAAUUGGGUAUAAAGCAUCAGCCAACAUCUGCCCCGAGCAGUGCAGGGCUGAUGAAAACAUCCGAGCGGAGCUCACACAGGACCUCUGCGACUCAUUUCAUUUCCCUUGGAUUUAACCGGGGCCAUUACCGAGUCGGUGCACCCAGAGAGGCGCAUCACUUUGCUGCACUUUAAGUGAAUGUGUCUCCACAGCCAUCACUAUCCUGGAAUUAACUGACCCCCCCAGGGAUUUUGGCGCACCUGUUACCUCCACAGAGCGCGGAAUCAUGAUCCCUCCGGGGGACUGCAUGUAUGCGGGCAGGAAGAGGAGGAAGCCCGUCCAGAAACAGAAGCCGUCUUCUGCCAAUGAGAAAACCAACCCGUCCAAGCGGCACAGGGACAGGCUGAAUGCCGAGCUGGACCGGCUGGCCAGCCUGCUGCCCUUCCCCACCGAUGUCAUCUCCAAGCUGGACAAGCUGUCCGUGCUACGCCUUGCAGUGUCCUACCUCCGCGUCAAGAGCUUCUUCCAAGUGAACAAUGAGAAGCCCCCCAGGCUCAGCACAGCAUCCUCUAACCCUGAACCCCGGAAAGAGAGCGUUCCCCUGGCUACCACGGUCAAUGAAAGCAGCCUCCUCCUGGAAUCUCUUACAGGCUUCGCCUUGGUGGUGAGCAGUGAUGGCAUGGUUUUUUAUGCCUCUUCAACCAUUGUGGACUAUCUUGGAUUUCAUCAGACUGACGUGAUGCACCAGAAUGUGUUUGACUACAUCCACAUAGACGACCGUCAGGAGUUCAGACGGCAGCUCCACUGGGCCAUGUGUCCUCCAGAGGGGAUGUCACACCAGGACAGCCAGCCAGCUGCAGGGACCGGUGAGGACUUUGUAGUGAGCAGCCUGUUCCAUUCUCCGGAGGCAACGGGAAUUCCUCCUGAGCUCUCCUGCUUUCUCAACAGAUGUUUCAUUGCUAGAGUCCGAUGCCUCUUGGACAGCACCUCUGGAUUUUUGACUAUGCAGUUCCAGGGUCGGUUGAAGUUCCUCCACGGUCAGAAAAAGAAGUCAGCCUCCGGGGCUCUGUUGCCUCCCCAGAUGGCUCUAUUCUGCAUAGGCGUACCCCUCCUACUGCCCUCCAUCACUGAGAUGAAAAUGAAGAACAUGUUAAUGCGGGGAAAGAACAAGGGAGGAGGUGGAGGGAUUAUCUCUGCACUGGAGCAUGACGAGCGAGGGGAACACCUCGGGAGGCAUUCCUUCAGUGGAGGAAUGGGUGACAUUGCCGACCCUCUCCUCCUCUCCUGUCCCACCUCUGGGGCUACCCAUCGGGGUCACCACACUCCCUGGACCCCGCUCUCCAAAUACAACCUCAAGUACCGCCCUGAGGGUUUCUACAACCAGGAGGAGCCCCUCAACUACUGCAAGUCCACUAUGGCUCCCCAUAAAGGUGUCAGCCCAGGCCUGGGCGGUGGUUGGCCUCUGCGGCUGAACGCUGGUCCCCUGAGAGCGGGUCAGGGUGUCGGCUACCCCUCCAACCGCAUGAACAAGGCCGGCCAGUAUGGGAGGCCGUACCGCCUUUCCCCCAACUGCCACAGCGGCAGAGGUAACGAGGUGUUUGUCUCUAAGAUGUACGGGAACGUCCAGAUUCCCACAGACCCAGAUGCCUACUGUGUGGAUCUGGUGAAGAACGAGAACGGCUACGGUGAAUGCUACGACGGCCACCUGAUGCCUGAGAUGCCACCCAUCAAGGUAGAGCACGACUCAGACUCUGAGAACGUCUGCGAUGUCUACGGGCGACCCUGGGCUUGCCGGGACCCAGAGGACAUCAACCGCCGCUAUGGUGACGGGGUAUACGACCAGAGCUCGGACCUCCAUCUUAAAUCAGAGGUAAAUUAUUAUGACCGGCAGUACUCGCCGUGUCAGCGAGGGAAAGCAGGAAUCAGCCCGCCUUACAGCAACAGCAACUAUCAGAACUAUGCAGUCAGCAACAGCGGGAACACAAGCGCCAGUCUGUUAAAAUGCAACAAAGACUUGGCCAAUCACAAUGACAACAGCCAGUUUAGUCCUCAGAGACUCUCUCACUCAGACUCUCUAUGCAACAACCGAUCAGUCAACCUCAUGGACUCACACGUCUAUUCACAAGUCCCUCACAAGGCCUACAUGCACCCGGACUACAACAAGCACGACACUUACGAGUUCAAAGGCAACGGCCUGGUCCAUUCGAUCAAGCGGGAGCCCAUGGACUCCCCCCCAUGGUCAGAGAGUGCUCACGACAUGAGCCAGUCUAUGAGCCAGUCCAUGAUGGUUGGUCCGCGGAACGUUAUGCCAUGUGUUAUGAGCACAGGGCACCACAAGUCCAGUCCCUACAUUUAUUUGCCAUAAAGGCGAUUAGUGCAAACACGGAGGGGGAUAGUUUCACAAGGUAAUUUCACACACACACACACACACUCACACACACACUUUGUAUUGCGACAUGCACCAGCAGUACAAAAGGAUUCCCAGGAUGUCAACAUCUAACCUGACUUCUUCUAUUAGAUGAAGGGGUCACAAACAAGGCUCAGGUUCUAGUGUUAGCGUUGUGACAAUCGAAUAUAAUACUUUGAAUCCAGUUUAUAGAUAGAUGAUUUUGUUUUUAAGGAAUACAUUUUGUAGUUGGUUCCUAGCACCUUUGGAUUUAGUGACAAUAAGACAAAUUACGCCUAAAAACACAAUUUGAUUUAUGUGUUGUGUACAUCUGGCUUUUUUGGGAGGAACAAAGAUUUUGCUGUAAAAAGAGACUUUUUUUACGUAAACAGGACAUGACUUCCACCUACUGCUGGUUUUAUCAUCGGAGAUGGCUAAAAGGAGUGAAAACAACUUAAAGGAUAAUCUGCCUUGAUGGGGAUUUUGCAUGUUUUCGUGCUUUAGCUUUGAAUCGCCUACCUUUUUCUGUACUUACCCCCAGUGAUCUACUGGUUUCUAUGCAAUUUAGACUUGUACUAAAUCAACUUUAAUUUGAAGUUUAAUUUGAGAUUUGAAACUGAAAAAAAUACAUAUUAUUGUUGCCAGAUAAUACAUUUGCAACCUGGGUCUGUUUUGAAAACGCUCAUUAUUCCAGCAUUCAACGACUCUGAUAUCUAAUGGCAGCUGCCAAAAAUCAGUUUUUAAUGUGUGACACAACCAAAUUCAUACACAACAUCCAACUUUGUUUACUCAAAAUGUGUGUCCUGAAUUGGAUUUUCCAAGAGCAAAUCAUACUUUUGUCAGAGCAUCCCUAAAUACACCAAGGACAGUUUAUAAAAAAAUAAAAGGUUUCUCCUUGCAAAUGCAGGAUCCUUUGGAAAGAAUGUGUAGUUAAUGACAAAACAAACUAAAACUAUUGGCCAAAAUAUAAGUAUAUUCACUACAUCAGUUAUUAAACUAGAAACUGAUAACACAUGAAGGUAUAUACGUAAGGGGGGCACAGGAAGUAGGGAACUAACCCUUAACAAUCACCUGUGGGUCGAGCAUGUGGCUCUCACCUCCUUGUGGCAGAAAUAAAAGAUCACACUAGAAUUGCCCUUUAAAUUGCAGAACCUAAGAUGAACUUGGACCUAA